GACCGGAUCCGCAGCGCGGCGCGGCAUCACCGCCGGUGCGGCACAUGCGCGCGCCCCAUCGUCGUAUAUCUAUAAGGGUAGCUACCCUCGGCGAGGCCGGUCAGUUCUCGCCCGUCCGGGGAAUCGGGCCGCCGCUCGCGAGAUCGCAUUGCGCCUUCGUUCGUGGCGUCUUCAUCAUCCACCCGACAGGGCAGAAACGCGGAUUGUUUCGCGGACGGGGAAUAAACGCCACAAUGCCGGCCGUGGUCUAGAGACUUGUCCCCCGGGGGUCGAGCUCGCGGGACACGUGUGCACGAAACGCCGUGGGGUGUCGUGUGCCAGUCCGGGGAUUGUGUAUCGGUCUCGCUGGCGUCACUGAUGGGUAAAAGUGUCCUCGCCGAGGGAGGAGUGACGAUACACAAAACUCGAGGACACGCCAUUACGACGACGAGGAGGACUCUAUAUGAGACAACCCUACGAUCCCGUCGACCCUUAAUGUCUCCAUCGUGAGCCUUCGGCAGCUGUUAGCGCGAGGACGCGGUCCUACGGGACUCGGGAUCAACGUGGUGAGAACGAGUGGAUAAAGACAAGGCUAAGGACGAUGGGAGUGCCGGACGUGGAGCAGGCCAAGAAGCGACUCCAAGACAUAUUGAGGCGGGCACAGAAGCUGGAGAUACCGACGCAGGAGGUAAUCUCGACGAGGACAGCGCGUAAACUACUCGCCAGAACGCGCAAUGUCCUGGCAUGGACUAUCUGGAUCGGAGUGUUCGUCGUCCUGCUCAGUGGCAUUGUCUACGUUCGUUGGCCUACACGACAGGACGUGGAGACCGUCAGGACCGUGCUGAGGCGAACAUGUUCAGGUGCAGCUUCGGGCGACUUUUCGGAACGAGUGGCAGCGCUUCUACAAUCAUCCUCAACUCAGGACGACUGCUAGUAGUGCGCUCCAUAGCACGUGACGGCCCUUUCUUCCCUGGUCCAGCAUGUCGACGGAAGGAAGGAAGAGGAGGGAGGUAUCAUCCAAGGGGAGAAAUGAUCCGACGCACGCGGCGUGUUCUAAAUGAUUUUUGUCGAGCUAAUCUAUAAGCUUUAAAACACGUUCCGAGGCAGCGUCUCUACUUUAGGCUUAAGACUCACUCUCUUUUUUUCGCGCGGCGACAGUGGAACACAUGGAAAUGUCGCAGAGACGAAAAUUGUCAGAGCCAAACGCGACUUUCACGAGACUUCGCGUAGAGACGGAAGUGGUUCCCUCUCGAGACUCUUCACUUUAUAUUAUUUUCAUAAGAAAAGUAUUCCCGCCCCCGCAUCGAUAUCGUUACUUGCAAAACUUUUAACACGGCAAAUUAUUUGCGCAACGCGCCACACAAUUGUAAGCACCGCAAGAUUGUUGUGCAAAAAUUAAAUUCUUUAUUUUUAUAAAAAAAAAUUAACAUUCUUAGACGAGCAUGAUUAAAUACGAGCCAUUUCGUAAUUUGUGUGUCGAGCCAUCAAAUGCUUCAUCUAAAAGCGUUAUUUAUUUCAUCUUAAUUAGAAGAGGUACUUAAAAAUCUGCGAGAGUUCAACAUAUAAUUGGCAACUCACCCUGUGCGCGCCAUUUAAGAAAAAAUAAACCGAUGGCCUCGUACUACAAAUGCAAACAAAUUUCGCGGAAAUUCCCUUGUAAUAGAAUUCUAUGUAGCCCGCGACAUAGCUAACACUCGUAUCCAUGUAUCUACAACAUCGCGUAACAAGGUUUACGAGUGCGAGGCGCGCGAGGGUAAUGUCCAGUCAGAGUUUUCUGCCGUCGGAAAAGCGACGAGUGCGUGGAUGGUG